GAACAGAGACAGAGUUAGUCGGCCUUGCAAAUAACAGAGCAGUCACAACAAGUCAACAAGUCAACAAGCAGAUUUGUAAUUUUGUUUUAAACAUUUCUCAAUAAUCAACACAAUGGCGUUAAAUUUGGUGGCGUAUGAUGAAAGUGGCAGUGAAUCCGAUGAAGAAAUGGAUCAAUCGCCUGCAAUAGCUUUCUCUAAAUACAAAAAUGAAGAUGGGAGCAUUCGUGAAGAUUUAGGUGAUAUACCAAAACCAUCCGAAAAAGAACUCAAACUAGCAGAGCUUGCUAGCAGAGAAAAAGCAAAUUUGAAGAAAUCUGAGUUACUAUCAAAUAUAAGCCAAAGAAAGAAUGGAAAAAUUUUAAUUGGCAUACCGUCACUAACUGAUCUGGAAGACUAUACAGAAACAAAAAAAAUUAAGAAAAUAGACAAACCACUUGCUGUAGGACAAUCAAAACUAUUUUCAAAACUACCACCUCCAAAAAAUUCACAUCAUGAGCCUCCGUCAGAAAUCGCAAAACCAGUUGUGAAACCCCUGAUGAAGAAAAGUACCCCUCUUAUUCCUCAGUCUGUUGCUAGACAGCAGUCUUCCAAGAAAGAUUCUGAUGAUGAGGAUGUAUCUGACAGCUUCUUUACAAUGGAUGAGCCAGCCUUAAAAGUGCAGGCAGAACCAAUGGAUAUUGGGCCAGUCUUCCAAACAAUCAGUUCAACAAGCCAACAAGCUGAACCAGCUUACCCUAGCAUGCCUACCAAUCAGCAGUAUAACAUGGCUGGAAUUUCAGACACUUACCAAACAGAAGAUGCUGGAUUGGAACUUGACCAUGUUGCAUUACAGGCACUUCAGGGUUCCUCUGGAGUCAAACGCAAAUUACCAGAUGAUGCACAAAUUAUAGAUAUUCAAGGAGAGCGUUUGACGUAUGAUCCCAACAUGUCAUAUUUGAAGGCAAUUUCUGAAGAAAAGUCUGCUAGUAGAGGUCCAGAUAUAGCCUACAACAAGCUACAAAAGAAGAAGCAUCAAAUCACUUACUUGGCUGCCCAAGCAAAAGCUCGUGAGGUUGAUCUUAAAAACCAGUGGGCUCAAAACAAAUCCACGAAACGACAGACACAAGCAAAAUAUGGAUUUUAACGUAUAUGUUUGAGCUCGUUGGGAUCGUGAAUACAUGUUGACAAAUAA